GAUGUGGACAUCGUUAUGCUGAGGAGUCUGCAGCGACACAGUACACCCCAUCACUGGCCGUCUGACAACGCCACAGCUGUGAUACAAUCUCGCCUUCUCUGUGUGGUUCCUGUCUGCCAGCACAGAUGGACACAGGGAGGGGCCGCAGACAUAAAGCGAUGGAGACAGAGGAGGAGAAAGUGCAGUGGGCUUAUGUCACCUCAUAGUCUAAGAUUACAGGUUCCUGUACAGCCACUGUCCAGGUCCAGAGUGGAACGUAAUGUGCAGAGGUUGCUGCGAGUAUGACGUGAUCCGCUGUAAGUGUCCCCUGCAGGGAACUCAGGUGGGCUAUGCCGUGCCCUGCUGCCGCAACGCCAUCAAUGAGUGCGACCCCUGCAUUAUCCACCCAGGGUGCAGUAUUUUUGAGAACUGUAAGCGUUGCAACAAUGGGACAUGGGGCCCCAAGGACGACUUCUUUAUUAAUGGGGAAUACUGCGCUGAGUGUCGUCCAGGUUGGUCGGGUGGAGAUUGCAUGAAGUGUGGGGGAGUAAUCCGUAAACGGCAGGGUCACUUGGUGCUGGAGAGCUACCCCAACAAUGCCAGGUGUGAGUGGACCAUACAGGUGGAGAGGCCCUUCACUAUCGAACUCAGGUUUAUGAUGCUGAGUCUGGAGUUUCACCCUUCUUGUCGUUAUGACUACGUGGAGGUCCGAGAUGGAGACAGCAUCAGCUCUCGUGUCAUCGCCAGAUUCUGCGGGAACAACAGACCUGCCCCAGUCCAGAGCUCUGGCAACAAUUUGCACAUUCUCUUUGUAUCUGAUGGUUAUAAGAACUUUGAUGGAUUCUUUGCUACUUUCCAGGAAAACUCAGCUUGCAGCUCCUCCCCUUGCCUGCAUGAUGGGACUUGCAUCCUGGACACUUCUUACACCUACCACUGUGCCUGUCUGGCUGGUUAUACCGGCAAGCGGUGUGAAAAUGUAGUGGGAUGCCGCAGGCCUCCAGUGCCCACCCAUGGAUCUACAGAGGGUCUGUUUCACCACUCAGGUGCACGCAUCACUUACCGUUGUGACCCUGGGUUUGAGCUGCGGGGGUUUCAUACUGCCAUCUGCCUCAGUGAUGGCACCUGGAGUGCACCUGCCCCUGAAUGUGUGCCAGUGGAAAGAAUCUGUACUCUACCACCCAAGCCAACACAUGGUAACCACUUUCUGGUUUAUGGGCCCAAUGAUGUCCUCAUUGCUCUGCAAUACUUCUGCUACCAGCCUUAUGAACUGAGUGGGGCUUCCCAGAGAACCUGUUUACCCAACAACACCUGGAGCGGGACUCCUCCUGUUUGUACUACAGUGAAUAACACACUUAAAACAGACAAAGAAAAAGACAAUGCAAGAAAGACAGAAACAGACAAAGAAGUAGAUAUAAACAGUGACAAAGAUAUCAACAAAAUGAAAGAGAAAAAUCAAGAAAACAAAACCAAAGAAAACGAACACUUUGGAGAGAAAGAUAUAAACACUGGGCUGGAGAAUACAACAGCAGUCGACAGAGAAGAUAAAUACACUCAGACCGUUCCAGAGAAAACUGUGGCCAAGGAUAGGAAUGAAGGAGAGCUAGAGGAAAGAAAUACUGGGUCAGAGAAGCCCACUGAGGACAGAAAUAAUAAAGUGGAUAGUAAAGGCCCAGAUAACAGACUGAACACAGUUGAAGAGAAAGAACCAGAGGCACCAAAGCCACCGGAGGAAAAAGAAGGCAAUUUAGAUGUAAACCAAGAAAAAGAAAAGACUAACACAACGGAAAUAGUUGUAAGAAAAGACAAAGGACAAGAAGAGAAGGAAAGAAAAGAGGAGCAAGUGAAUGGAAAAAGAAAUCCAGACGAAAUCGGACCUAAUGACACCAAGCUGAGAACAGUUGUAUCCGAGGGUGAAAACACAGUGGAAAUCUUUGAACUGGAAAUGAAAAAGAACAACACAGGUUCGGAAAAUACAAAGAGGGAAAAUAAUACUGCAGGAUCUUCAACACCGGGGAGGAAAAUCAUUAUCUCUCGAGUCAACGUGACACAGUACACCUUGUAUAGAGCGGGUGAAGAAAAUGGAAAACUAAAGGACAAAUUGGCUACUAAAAAGGAUGGCACAGAAAAGGAUCCCUCAGAGAAGACAAAGGAGGAAAGAGAGAGGGAAGAGAAAGAAAAGGAAAAGGAGAAAGAAAACAAUCAAAGCAUCAUUGAAGAAAGCUGCCCUCCUCUUCCUCGCCUGAACAACGGCUACCACCAGGUGGUGCCAGGGUUGGAGCCUGAAACAGUGGAGUUCAUGUGUAACCAUUCAUAUGCUCUUAGUGGUGAUAAGAGACGAACCUGCCAGCCAGAUGGUACCUGGAGUGGAAAACAACCCCUCUGCAUCAGAGCAUGCCGAGAGCCAAAAGUAUCAGAACUGGUCAAGCAAAGGGUUUUGCCACCUCAGGCACCAUUUAGGAAGACACCUGUGCACAAGCUCCUCUCCUCUGGACUCGGGCUGCAGCUCCAGUCUGCUAGCCCCACCAGAGACCCCUCAUUGCCUUACCAGCUGCCCCAGGGUUUCCACCAUCUUUAUACACAUAUAGAGUAUGAGUGUGCAUCUCAGUUCUAUCACCACUCUGGCAGUCCUCGCCGCACUUGCUUGAAGACAGGGAAAUGGAGCGGGCGCCAUGUCUCCUGUUCGCCAGUAUGUGGGAAGCAUCCAACCUUUGACCCAGAGAGGCCAGGAGAGGCUCAUUGGCCCUGGCUGGCAGCCAUCUACCGGCGUUCCAACAAGGAUCUAGAGACUAAGGUGUCCAAGGCAGAAAGCCAGAUGAUGUCUCUGAAGAAGAACGAUGGAGCUGGAGCUGGCAGCCCAAAUCAGGCUAACUGGCAGCUGGUCUGCAGUGGAGCUCUGAUUAACCAAAGGACGCUGGUGGUUGCAGCUCAUUGUGUAACAGAGCUGGGGAAAAUGUAUCCUGUGGAUGCAGCCACGAUUAAGGUGGUGGUGGGGAAGCACUAUCUUGAUGACCACAGAGUAAAUAAAGGUCCUCAACACUUGAGGGUGGCCUCCAUUGUUGUCCAUCCAAACUAUGAUCCUAACAUUCUUGACUCCGACAUUGCUGUGAUCAAGUUACUUGACAAAGCAAGGAUUGGAGAAAAAGUCCUGCCAAUCUGCCUGUCAGAGAACCAAGAAAAAGAGGUGACACCUGGUCAAGGGCUUGUUACAGGAUGGUCUCCAUUGCCUGAUCCCAGUUUAGGUCCUGAUGAGAAGGCAAGGGUUGGGAUGGUUCACCUCACUGAUAUAGUACCAUGUGAACAACAGUAUGCACGAAACGGGGUGCCUGUCAGUGUUACAGACAAUAUGCUUUGUGCCAGCCAAAAGCCUGACUACAGACCAUCUAACAUAUGUCCGUCUGACACCGGGGGAAUCCUUGUCCUCCCUGCCCUCUUUGAAAACCAGGCUAGCAAUGACCCCAGUCCCUCUCAGGUGCAAGGGGGCAGCAAAGGGCUGUGGAGACUCCUGGGACUGGUGAGCUUUGGCUAUGACCAAGGGGAGUGUGAUCCUGACCUCUACACAGUUUAUACACGUGUAGCCAACUUCAAAGACUGGAUUGAGAACAAUAUGAAAUAAUACUAUGACCGUCCUCUCACUUUUCAUCAUCCCACUUUCCAGACAAUUCAUUCUGUCUAAUGUCUUAUGCACCAGGGCAUUUUCUAACUAAAUGCAGAAGCAACACUGGACAAUGCAGUGCUUUAACUGAAGGAGGUGAUAACACAUUAAAUGUGCUAAGUGAUCAACCUUAUAUCUGAAGAAUUCAGUGUUUAGGUACCUCAACCUGAGGUUAAAGACUUGAAUAUGACCAGAAAACCAUUCAUCUGAGCACUCUGGUUGAUGAUGGUUUGGAUUGUACUCAUAGUUUUGUAUAUAUGUUUAAUGUUCUGAAUUAUUCCAUCAGUUCUUAUGAUGCAAAAGAUGUAUAAAGUAUCCUGAAAAGUGAAAUUUGACAUUUUUAAUAAAAAAAAUAUUGGCCUGUUACUGUACACAUGUUCUUCUUCAUAGUAUAUAUUGUAACUAAUUGUGAUUUCAUGAUUAAAAUAUUCUAUUGAACAUAAUUAUGUAUAAGAGAAGAGAAACACCUAACAUGUGCUCACACAGUGGAAGUUGUGAGGCGUAUAAUUCCAAAUCAGAGCAUCACCAUUAACAGUGCAUGUUAUUGACAGAUCAAUCCCCCCCUUUCUGCACAAAUUAAAUCAAUUUCUUCCAUUUUGACUUUCCUCUAUUGUUCAGAAGUAACAUUACAACAUCUGCAGUCGGGACUUAUCUCCAAAAGGGAGCAACACAAAAUGCUUUGUUUGUUUAUGCUGUGCACAUUCAAGUGCAU